UGUAAAUUUACCUGAAUGUAAACAACACUAUUUUUUAAAAUAGGCACACACGUAUAUUCGUCAUAGCCAAGUAUUUCAAAUUACUGUUUCGUAAUAUUUUCGCCUCAAACGAAGGAUGAUUCGGAUGUCGUUUGAGCAAACAUAUAGUUAAAUACAAUAUUCUCAAACGGAAUGAACACGGGGAAACUAUUUUUGGAAGCAAGCAGAAUGAGACAGUAGAGACACAUCAUUUGGUAUGAUGUUAAAGGAAGAUUGAGUUUCUUCAUGUAUAGAUACUGAUAUUCAUCUCCAUCAUUAGCUGGGCAGAUUUGCAGUUUUUGUUUGAAGAAGUGAAAAUGUACCACCUAGAUGCACAGAGCCUGGACUACGUCCUCUUUUUCCUGGCCGUGGUCUCCAUUAUCUUCUUCUUUGUCUUCUGGACUAUAUCUAUUCUGUCAUUUAUAGGAGCGAAAUGUGUUCUGUACCGAAAGUCGGACCUGAUCUCAUUUGAUGAAGAUUUGUCGGGGGUGUCUGUCAUUAAGCCAUUAAUGGGAGUGGACCCACUGCUGGAAGAAAAUCUCGAGAGCCAUUUUACUAUGAAAUUCCCCAAUUUUGAACUCCUGUUUUGCGUGCCAGAUGAUCAGGAUCCUGCCAUUAAUCUUGUUCAAAGGCUGCAGGAAAAAUACCCUAAUGUAGAUACUCGACUCUUUAUUGGUGGAAAAGAAGGCAUUAUAAAUCCUAUGGUUUUUAACAUGGCUCCUGCAUACGAAAAUGCAAAAUAUCCCAACAUCUGGAUUAGCACAAGUCGUAUCAAAGCAUCAUCAGAAAUAAUCCUAGAUCUUGCAUGUAAACUGAAUAAACCUAAUGUAGGUAUAGUUCAUCAAAUGCCAUUUGUAACUGACCAGAAAGGAUUUGCAGCUAGUUUAGAAAAGAUAUAUUUUGGUUGUGCCUUAUCCCGAUGUUACAUAGCCCUGAACCAGUUAAAUCAAGCUUGUUGUACAGGAAUGUCUUACAUGUUCAAGAAGUCAGUUAUGGAUGAUGUCAAUGGAUUGAUUUAUUAUGGGAAAUACCUAGCAGAAGAUUUCUUCCUAACACAAGCAAUUCAUGAAAAGGGAUACAGGCUUGUUUUAUCAGCAUUUCCUGCUCAACAGAAUGUAGCAGCUCCAACCGUAAGAGCAUUCAAAGAUCGCAUGGUCAGGUGGAUCAGGCUUCGUAUUAAUAUGAUGCCAUUUGUGAGCGGUGUUCUGGAACCUCUCCAUGAUGUCCUGGUUCUCUCAUUACAUUCAUCCUGGGCAUUUUAUCACUUUUUUGGCAUUAAUCCAUAUUAUUUCUUCACAUGCCAUGUAAUACUGAUCUGUAUGUUGGAUUACAUCCAUCUACGAAAUAUACAGGGUGGACCAUUGCUGUUUUCAAAAUUCCAGUUCAUUUAUGCAUGGGUAAUCCGCGAACUUUUAUCCACAUGGACCUUUUUAGAGGCAUAUGUGAAACCCAGAACUAUAUCAUGGGGUGCACGUACUUAUCAAGUCAAGCUCGGAGGACAUACCACUCUAAUGAGAGACGAUAUGAAAAAGUGUAAAUCUUAGCUGUUUGUGCCUUUGUUGACUGCCCUAUCACUAACUUGUGUAAAUCUUAUGCAUGUACAUGUAGAGAAAGUGAAGAGACAUGUUCUUGAUGUCGGUAGAUGAGUGACAUAUCAUUUAGAAUCAUUCAUUGACAUAUAUCACUGUGUAGAUUGUGAGCCUUGGCAUAGAAUAUUAUCACAUCAACCUCGUCCCACUUGUCAACUCAGUUCAUCAGCAGAUUCAGAACCAAUACUGCAGCAAACGGAUCUGGUUAACCCAUUCAUCAGCAACAUCUUGUUAUAAACUCCAUUUGUUAUUUAUUUUUUCUGUUCAUUGAUCUUACAUGCAGAUUUUCAAAUAUACAUAAUAUGUAUAUUUGAGAUGGAUAUUGAAUAGAAACAAAAGUAUUUAAUUUCUUAUUUCAGCAUUAUUUGAUGGUAGCUAGCUUACUUAUUUCUUAUUAAAGAUGAUCUGUUUAGAAUUUUUGUUUUAUAAGAAUGAUAUUUAUUGAAAGGUUUUUUUUAUACGAAUGUUGCAUAUUCAUUACCAUAUACUUGAUAUUUUUAGAGCUAGUUACAUGACUGAAAUACAUCUAUUACACUGCAGUGUACGAUACCCUAUUAGUAUUAGAUAAUUAGUACCUUGCAUUUCAUCUACUUAAUAUAUUCAGUAUUUCAAAAUCUUUUUGCCAUCAUUACCUUGUAAAUCAUUAAAUGUACUUCAUUUUGGUAGGCAGAUUCAAUAGCAUGUUUCAAACUUUUUUGUGCAAGAUUAUAGAUAGACAAAAUUAUGGUUUCCCUGAUAUAUGAAUAUCAUUUUCUAUAUUGUUGAAAAUUUAUUGACAAGAAUUUUGAUUGUCUAAUCUAUCAUUGCAUACUGUAAUCUAAUAUUGCAUACCAUUUCUACAAAGAAUGUGCUACAUGUACUUUCAUGUUAUUCAGAAUUCUAUGUUUGUUGGGUAUUUCCUUCCUGUGUCUUUACUCGUACAUGUAGCUUUAUAUAAACUUUAUUCUUGUCAGGACAUACAUGGAAUUUAUAUAAUUAUACAUUAUCCUGUUGAAAAUAUUUUCAUAUUCAAAUUUUUGUUGUUGUUGCAUUUUAUGGAUUUAAAAUUUUUGGUGGUUUGCAGACAGAUCUAUUUUUACUUGUACAUUAAAUCAAGUUACUCAUUUGAAUUUGAUGAUGUACAUGUAAAUUAAUUAUUUAUGUUCCCCAGAUAAAAUUUGGGAACAUAUUGUUUUUACUCGGUUUCUUCUGAUUAUCCUUAUUUGUCUUUGUCACUUUUUUUGUCUGGGAUGGUUCUCAAAAACUACACGUUCAGGCAUUAAGAUGAAACCAUUUUAGGAUGAUAGUACAUGUACAUUGUAUAUCAUUUGUAGAUGUGCAGGACGAAUGUCGUUUUGUCUGAACAAGCAUUUGAUUUUUGGUAUACAUGUACUAACUUUGGAAUCAGUCGAACUUUUUGGUUUUACCAUGAAGUUGUUUGAAAUCUAUGCUACAUGUAUUAUCUUGAGACUGUAAACUUAUUAAUUGGCAUAUGGUCAAAAUCACCAACAUACACAUGCAUGCAUAUGUGUUUUGUUUUAAUUGGAUUUAGAUUUUUAAAAAGCAUAGAUGACACAUGUCAAAUAUCUAUGGAUUGGUAUACAUGUACUAAGAAAUGCAUGUUGCUGCAUCAUAUGUUGAAGGUGUCAUCUUUUGAAGGACCAUCACCUUUUUGUUUUUCUUCACAAUCGUUUGAACUUUGUGUUGUAGACGUGUUGUGGUACUCCUUACCGUCUGCUGUGGUCAAAAUUUACUUGCGAUCACGUGCAUGCACACAUGCUUAAUUCUGAUUGGAUGGUUUUUGAUUUAUCAUACUUUUCUAAUAAUUGAAGGAAACAGUAUGGAAUUUAUGCUGUAGGUACAUGAUAGGAAUGCCUUUUGAGACAUAUUCAUAUGCACAUUCAUUAAAUAGUUUUCAUUCAAUUUUGGGGAACUAAAAUGGCCAUAACCUAUUGAUAAAAACACUCAUUUCACUACAGGUUUUUGAUAUCAAUUGCUUGAUGAAUGGUGUAAACAAAAAUUGUUAAAUCAAUUUGCAUGUGAGUGAAUGUGUGUGCAUUGUAAAAAAUUUUAGCAUUUAAAAUCAAGUAUUAAUAGAUCUAUAGCAUUUUUAGAUUUCAAUGAAAUUUUUUGAAUUAAAGAUAUAUACUUGGACUCUCUACUGAGUAGUGUAGUCAUAAUCACUUACACACACAUGCAAGCACAAGCAUUCAGUUUUCAGUGGCUAAUAAAAACCUGUAACAUACUGUCUUAUGAAUGAGAAAAAUAGAAUGAUAUUGACAUAGGUAUACUAUAUACUACAAAAAUGUAAGAUGGUUAGGUGUAUGCAGUUGCACCUCCUAUUUAGACUCGCUCUUAUUUCCUCACUUUUCAUUGAAAUCUCUUGAAAUUCAUGUUGAAUUUAUAUUUUAAGACUUAAUUGUAACAUAUUGCUAGGAUCAAUUUUUUUUUUUACAAGCAGGUGCAUGCACGUGCACUGAAUUUUGAUUGGAUGAUACCUUUACUUCUAUUACAAAUUGUUUCUUAAUAAAAUGAUAUAAGUAUAUAUUGAAACGCUUCACUUAGUGGCGUUGUUAAAAUCAAAGGUAUCGUGUAUGCAUAUGCUUAAUUUUUGAUUGGUUAAUACAAUGUAGGUCAAACUUAUUUAACUUUCUUGGUUUUUCAAUAAAUUGCUUUGAAAAUUAUGCUGUAUAUACUGAGACACUUGACGGAUUGGUGUAGGGAAAGUUACUGACCUCCUAGGAAGUGCAUGCUCAUUGGAUCGAUUUUGAUAGGAUAAUGCCUUAAUUUGUAUAGCUCUUCAAUAGAUGAAGGAAAUAAGGUGAAAAUUUCACUGUAUAUAAUGUGAAUUGAACGAUUCAAUGGAACUUACUAAAACAAAUGGCACCACUUUUAAAUGGGGGAAUAUUUGGGAAACAUCAAUAACGAUCGAUCCCCAUUACAAUAAGCAUUCCUUGUUGUGUACUUGGUAUCAAGCAUAUUAAUUGUACAAGUUGUGGUAGUAAUUGCGUAAAAAAUAGAUAUUGCUCACACCAAAGAAUCUCUGCAUCUUGUAGAUAAGUAUGUUAAUAUAUGGAGUAUAUAAAGGCAUUUGUACAUAUCAUACACUGAAGUACAUGGUGAAGGUUAGCCCAGCUGACAUUUAUAGGUGUUUAAAAGAAAGUGCAUAAAGCCAAAAGUGUAUAAAGAAAUUUUCUAUGCAUCUUUUUUGUACUGCAUUAUGAUUUCAACCUUUGAGAAAUCCAGGAUAUACUGGUGUAGAUCAGUUUGUAGCUAGCUUUGCAUAAUAUUUCAUAUAAUCAUACAGAGGAAUGUAACUCAGUAUAGUAUUCACAUUGUGCCAAGGAUUAUAACACAGUAAUCCUCACGUUACAUUGAGGAAUAUAACACUCAAAAUUCUUUGAUAUAGAUAUGACGAUCUGUUUCUUUUACUGGUUUUAGUGUGAUAUAGCAUUUAGAGCCAUCAUUUAUUAGAUGUCCAUGUAGAAGUUGCAUUAGUGCAUUUGUCAUAAGCAGUAUGAUUUAAUGGUAUAAGAUAUAUUGGUGAUAUAUUUUAGUUGCAGGAGGGAUGUAAUUAUUUGAUAUUGAGAAAUUUUAUUUUAAACAUGCAUGAAAGUUCAAGACAUAUUCCAAUAUUUUUUUUAUCUAUUACAAGCCUUACAAAUGGAUGUUUGUAAAAUUUACAACGUACAGUGAGAGUGAGGAGACAUAUAGUUACAUGUAUAAGUAUCAAUAAAGUUGUAUGUUCAUAUAUACCACAUAUCAGUUCAAUGAUAAUAGUAAAAAUUGUUUUUGAUUUUCUUACAUUUUGUAGGACAGUGAAGUUGUUUUCUUAAGAAGAAGAAAAAAGCAUCUUUAUAAAUGUAUUUCAUCACAAAAAUAUAUUUUACUGAAAAAAAUUUCUCUGGAACAGCAAAAACAUGACAUGUAUAAUAAAUGUGGUACAGCAAUCCCAUCUGUAUCAGAAUGAAAUCAGUUUAUAACUAUUGAUGCCACUGAUGAAUGAGUGGCAUUAACUUGCAGACGGACAUUAAAAAUGUUUGAAAUUUUGACCACCAUUAUCGAUGAUAUUAUGUUGUACCCUUUGAACCAUUAGAUAAAAGUUGUCUGUACACGUAUUUUACAUGUUAUUGAUUAAACAUACAUGUAUUCUGUUA